AUGCUGACAUUUUACGUAUGGGUUGCAGAACGAGCAGAGCACAAGAAGGUGCAUCCUGCCGGCCACAGAAGAAAGCCCAAGGCUUUUGAGCUUAUUGACCGGGGCAAUGCCGAAUUGGGCAUUCAGCCCACCGUAAGUGUGCACGGCAAGAUCUUCCAGAUCUGCAACAAAUCGCUGUUCGUCUUUGGACUGGACGGCUGGAUCAGACGGCAUGUCAUGAGUUUUGUUGGCUGGGUUUGGUUUGACCGGAUCAUCCUGUUCCUCAUCGCGUUGAAUUCAAUAGGCCUCGCCAUGGUGGACUGGCGCGGUGACGCCAACGCAGGUUUCAAUGGGUUUUACAACAAUGUCUUGGACCUGUGGCUCACGAUCUUCUUCACCCUGGAGGGCAUCUUGAAGGUUAUGGCUUGGGGAUUCUUCUGGGACAAGAACUCAUACCUUCGAGAUGCCUGGAACUGGCUGGACUUCAUCGUCAUCCUGACAGCUUGGGCGACCUACCUGCCAGGUGGUGGAGCAGACAGUCUCGGCUUCUUCCGUGUCUUCCGCGCCUUGCGGCCAUUGCGGUCGCUGAACGCGGUGCCACAGAUGAAGGUACUUGUCAACACCGUGAUUAGCUCUGUCCCUCGCCUGGGCAACGUCUCUGCUGUGGGAGCCUUCCUUUUCCUCGUGUUCGGCAUCGUAGGUGUCACCCUGAUGAGCGGUGUUUUCAAUCGGCUCUGCCACACAUCUCCGAAUCCGGUUUUGAUCUUUCAAAACGGCACCGGAACACAGUGCUGGUCCUGGCCUUAUGCAGAGGAUGACCGCCUGUGCGGCGGCGCCUAUAACUGCGAGGCUUCCGGUGGCUUCUGCGGCGGCCUCGAAGAGGACCAGCGCGAGGAGCUGAGGCCGUACUUCGGUGGGAACGGCAGGUUGGGGCUGCCUUGGUGCCCUGGAAGUGAGCCCCGAAAGCUUACGCCUGAUUCAGAGUACAUGAACUUCGACAACAUGUUGUGGGCGCUGCUGGUGGUCUUUCAGUGCAUGACCAUGGAAGGCUGGACAGACAUCAUGUACCGUGUGCAAGAUGCAUAUGACUUUGUGGCUGCCACAGUCUACUUCUUCCUGCUCAUACCGCUCACGUCUUUCUUCUUGCUGAACGUUGCGCUGGCCGUGGUAGACGAGGCCCGAGCCGACUUUGACGAGGAGGAGGACGAGGACGAGGACAAUGAGAAGGACGGAGAAGCCCUUCGCAAGUCUCUUCUGGGCGAGGAUGACGAGGAUCCGGACGAGCAGCCGCCGUGGCUGGAUUGCAGCCUCGUGCACACCUGCAGAGCCAUAGCCUUCAGCGAGUGGUUUAUGAAUGUCAUCAUGCUUUUCAUUGUCAGCAACGUCAUCACAAUGAUGAUGGAGAGCUUCCCACCACCAUCGGGGAGCCAGCAGGAUGUCCUCGGCUCUCUGGAGCUCACAUUUUUGGUGGUCUUCUGUGUGGAGAUGGCCGUUCUGCUGACUGCACUAGGACCGCACAAGUACUUCUCCAAUCCAGUGACGGCUUUCGAUGGCGUCAUUGUGAUCACUUCUGUCGUCCAGAUGUGCAUCGGGCAAGCUGGGCCCUUCACAGCGCUGCGGACGCUGCGCCUCUUCCGGGUCCUAAAUAAGCUUGCCAACCGAUGGCCAUCCUUCAAGGUCCUCCUCAAGGCCAUGGUAUUGACAGCCAUCUCGCUGAAUUACUGGCUCAUCCUUUUUGCGCUGGUUCUUUACAUCUGCACCCUCAUGGUUCAGACAUUCUUUGCAACGGAGUUUCACUUCAACGACCCAGACAAUUUCGAUUUUGUGACCAACCCAGGUGAGUUUUGGUGUCCUGGUACUGAGAAUGAGAAAGACCCAGCCUACCGGCAGGACUGUAUUCCUCGUGCUAAUUUCGACACCUUUCUGUGGGCUUUGGUCACCAUCUUUCAGAUCAUGACAGGUGAGAACUGGAAUACGGUCAUGUACGCAGGGAUGCGUGCGGCAGGUCCCGGCUUCUGCCUUCUCUUUGUGCUGCUGAUCCUCUUCGGUCAGACGCUUUUCCUCAGUUUGUUCCUGUCCAUGCUGAUGUCGAAGUUUGACACCGUGCAGGACAGUCUGAACCAGCAGGAGGACAUACGAAGAGAGCACACAGCCCAGCGGCUGAGGAAAAAGUCGCUAGAUUCGUGCUCCAUAGAGUUUCCAGAGAGCCCGAAGCCGAGCAGCCGCGUGCUGCACUCCGCCAAAAGCGUGGCAGAGAGCCUCUCUGGCUUCAAGCGCUCGCUCACCGAGAGGGACACCUGGCCGGUCGGCUACGCGUGGUUCAUCUUCUCCAAAUCCAACCCCGUCAGACGGCUCUGCAUCUGGAUCCUGCACUUCCAGGUCGAAGUUGGAGGCUGCAAAAUCUUUCGGUUCCGAAUCCCCAAGAUCCGAGUGGUUUUCGACAACUUCAUCUUGUUGUGCAUUCUGAUUUCAACCGUCACGAUGGCCAUGGACACGCCCCUGGCAGACCCAAACGAGUCGCUGACGAUCUUCCUGCGCAGCGCCGACGAGGUGUUCGCGAUCAUCUUCAUAUUUGAGAUGGUUGUCAAGCUCCUUGCCAUGGGCCUGAUUUGGGGUGAGGAUGCAUAUUUGAAGAGUGCCUGGAACUGGCUUGAUGGCAUUGUGGUGAUGGUGUCCAUCAUCAAUAUGGCAAGUUCUAGCUCCACAGGCUUCCUGAAGACACUGCGCAUCUUACGUGCUUUUCGGCCACUGCGUGUAAUCUCGCGCAACGAGAACCUCAAAGUCGUGGUGCAAACAAUCUUCGCCUCCAUGCCUCACCUGUUGACGCUGGUGAUUGUGGCAAUGUUGUUCCUUCUCAUCUUUGCUCUCUUUGCGCUUUCCUACCUGAAUGGCACGUUUCUGAUGUGCGACUUGGCGACCGAGCCGGGCCUGGCUAAGGAACUUGGCCAGGACUUCACAACUCCACUUUGCCUUCCACCUGAGAUGGAUCAAGUGUCGGUAUCGGGCGGCCUGACGCACGGCAAGUUCCAGCCAAGCACAUCCGCUUGGGUUGGCAACAACACCGCUUGCCCAGGUUCUCACUAUGUCGAGUACCAGCGGAUAGCAGCCGACACGCCAAUUUGCAUUGGCCGCUGUCUUCCUGAAGGGUACUCUACGUUCAGACAGCCGGAAUGGCUCUGCCCAAAGGCCCUGACAAUGACGGAAGAGCUCCCAGCAGUUUGCGGGCCAGAAGUCAACAGGACAAUUUCCGCUGCUGAGCUACGAGGUAUGUCGUAUGUUGACCAGAUGACUCGAUCGCUGGUUCUACCUUGCGGUGGCAGUACGGUGAACUCCACUGGCCACAUGGUACUCACGGCCAAAGCCAUGAGCUGCGCUGACCUCUUCUGUGGCGAGGUGGAUGAGGAAGUGAAGACGCAGUGCAAGAAGACGUGCAGACAGGCUCCCUACUUCUGUGUGGACUCCUGUGGGCCUGGCCUAGAAGGAAGUGCCCAAUGCGAGUCUUGCCACUACGAGUGUGAGGCACAGUGCAGGUGCCCGGAGUUCUGCGAGGGUCUGAUCAGAGACGCGGCGCUUUGUCUGGAGCAGGGAUCAAGGUGGGUGCCAACGAUCAGCCAGAACUUCGAUAACAUUUGGUUUGCAAUGCUCACCCUCUUCGAGAUUUCCACCACAGAGGGCUGGGUGGACGUGAUGUACUCCGCCGCAGAUUCUGUCCAGCCUUACGUGCAGCCCAAGAGAGACAAUCAGGAGAUGCUGUGGGUUCCUUUCUUUAUGCUGUACCUUUUCUUCAGCAAUAUGUUCAUCAUUAACCUGAGCGUGGGUGUCAUCGUGGACAAGUUCAUGUCCAUGAAGCAGUCCAACACGGCGGUGAUGCUUACUGAGCCGCAGAAGAACUGGGUGAACUCCAUCAUGAGCCUUUACUCAAGGCGACAGAUUGUCAACCUGAUGGACCUUCAUGAAAAGAGGUGGCUGAGACGAAAAUGUUACGAGCUGGUGUCAAGUGAAUGCUUCGAGACAAGCAUCAUGGGGGCAAUCGUGAUCAACACGCUGUUCCUGGCGGCAAAGAUCACGCCAACCCCAUUCCCAGAGUGGGAGAUGUUUCUGGAGACGGUGAACUAUUUCUUUGCGGGGAUUUUCACCGUCGAGUGCGUGCUCAAGCUUUUCGCCCUGCGGACCAACUACUGGGGAGACCGCUGGAACUGCUUCGACUUUACCUGCGUUGUUGCCACCAUCGUGGGCAUUGUCGUCAGCAGGGCCUCCAAUGUCAGGAUCGACCCCAUCAUCCAGGUCAUCCGGAUUUUCCGCAUUGCGAGACUGUUCCGUCUCCUGCGUUUCUUGAAGGGCUUGAACAAGAUCUUCAUGGCAUUGCUCAUGUCCUUGCCAAAGCUCAUGAACGUCCUGCUCAUCCUGCUGCUGUUACUGAUCCUGUACAGCAUCCUGGGAGUCAGCCUCUUCUCGACGACCAAGCUUGGGGAGACUCUGAACGUUCACGCGAACUUCCAGAACUUCGUCUUGGCCUUCAUCACUCUUUUCCGAGCCUCUACCGGGGAGGCCUGGAAUGAGAUCAUGCACGAGCUGGCAACAUCCGAGGUGGACUUGUACAAACAGGGUGAGUGGUGUUCUCCUGUGGAGCUGUUCGACACGGAGGCCAAAUAUGAGGUGCUCAGGGACAAGUGCCUCAUCGAGCACCCAAACAGCUGUGCACAAAGUCCGUACUUCUCCUUCUGCUUCUGGGUGACAUACACCCUGCUGAUCACCAUGAUGGUCAUGAACCUGGUGAUUGCGGUGAUUCUGGAAGGCUACGAGGACGGCAAGGAGAGCCCGGCCUCGGAAGUGGUUGACGUCUGCGUAAAGUUGUGGCUCAAACAUGACCCGGACCACCGACUGUCGCUUCCGCUGGGAGAAGCUCUCAGCUUCAUCAAUAAGGCUCUCAGAGAAGUGGAAGGGCACCACUAUGCGCCCGCAUCCAAAAGCGAGCGCCCAGGCUCUUCAGGCUCUGGGGCAACUGGUUUUCAUGUGCUGCAGUCGUUGCCGAUGAAGUACGUGGCGGCGCUCGAUGUCCAGGUCGGCGAGAAUGGUCGCGUCCACUUUAUUUCGGCAUGCAAGCAGGUCAUGCGUUUUGUCUGUCUUGGGGAUGACCUGGCAAGUCUCGAGGACCUGGACACGGUUGAGGAACACAUGGACAAGAAGCAAAGAGAGAAGCUCCGGAGGCUGAUCGAGAAAAGUGAGCUCCGCAUCCACAGCAAGAUUGCGAAAGACUGCCUCUCCGAAGGGCUGAGCUUUGCAGGCAGUGGCCCAAAGCCUGGCAAGGGUGCAAAGGUCCCAAUGAAGGAUCUGAAGCAGGAGGUGGCCGCUUUAAAGCUUCAGACUGCCUUUAAGGGAAUUCUGAGAGGCAAGAGCAGUUCCAAUGUGGAAAAGGACAAGGCCAAGAAGAAGGACGGCGCAUCGCCCUCCACAGGAGCCGAUUCGAAGGAGGCAGCGCAGAAGCCGGAAGAUAGGCCUGUGGAUGGCGAUGGCGGCCUGGGUCAGGAUGCCCACGGGCCCUUCUGCGGUGCGCCUUUGGAGCAGGUGUGCUGCGUGCGCUACAAGGAGAUCCAGGAGGAGAUGCCAGGCACAGUCUCUGGUCCUCAGCUGCUGGGCUUCGCAGAGCCAUCGGGAGGCCCGUACUACAUUCUGGCCUUGAUGCUGGAUGUCAACAGUCUCUGGUACAGCUGGCUUCCUUCAGACUUGUUGAUGCUGUGUCGAGUCCUCAUUAACUAUCACACUGCAGGGAUCACAUGGGUCUCCACGAACCCGAUUGAGUCUUCUUUGAUGGGUUCGCAAGAACCUGUAACCUACAGCAUCUUGAGGGACCUACAAUCGAGAGGCAAACGGCAGUUAGACUCUCUGAAAGACGUUGCCAUGCCCUCCAGCGGCCAGACGUCUCCGGAAACUCCAGAAGGGCCGGACCGCUUAAGCGAGUCUGAUGCACAGCAGAAGCAAGCUGAAAUCUCGUGUUUGAGGCGCUUCUUGUGCUGGGCUGGCUUCUGUGUCCCAGUGUGCGGUGAGAUCUACGUCCAUGCCGGACAGGGGUUCAGCAGAUCUGAAAUCUUACGAGAGGAUGAUCUACUACCUCCUGAGCUGGACGGCUUCCUCACAUUUGCGGAGCUCAUCUGCCGUGUUUGUCUGGCACAGGUGCUCAUGCUGAUGGUCUGGCAAUUUGGACGAGCUCUGGUGCAUAACAAGGUGCGCCAGUUCCUGAGCAUCGGCCUUCAGGACUCUGCGCCAUCGCGCUGGAUGCCUGCCAUGGCGCUCGCGAUAUUUACGUUCAUCAUCGGUGUUUGGGGCUGCCGUGUCGGGGACGAGGGCCUUCCCACGUGGGCGCUCCGCUACAGUCAUGUGUGCGACAUCUUCUGCCACGCGAUUGUGGCAUCAGCGCUCAUGGGCCUAGGAUUUGAUGUUGCGCUGGCAGCACGAGAGGGGUUGCUCUGGAAGUUCUUCAAGCAAUUUGUGUCCUGUCAGGACACAGUGGAAGCCCAUGGCGUUUCGGGCCGCGAGGGUGAGACAGAGUUUGGCCAUUUCUUGAGCUACUCCUUCCACAGCACGCCGUCCGCUGCAGAAACCCACGCUGGUUGUAGAAGUCUUUGCGACGCUCUGAGGAUUUGCUUUAUGUGGGCGUCGUUUAUUUUCAUGCUGUGGGCCUAUACGCUCUCCGCGUACUGUCCAGACCUUGCACCUGCCUGGAUUGGCAUUCUAGUGGACUUUGUGGGCAGAUUCUGUUGGGCUGGAAUCAGCUUCUGGCUCAUGUCCUCCGCUCUUGGCAUACGGGAUAUCGCGGGAUGCCGUCGGGACAGUGAGCAGAGCCUGGCGCAGUGUCAAAGUGAUGGUGUUGCCAGUGCCCAGCUCCAAGCAGGCAUCGCUGGUCAACCGGUUGCUGCCGCCGGUGGCCGACCGCUGCUUACGGCCACUGAGGGCGCCGUCCGCACAGUCAGCAGUGACAGGGCGCCGGCCUGUGGGCAAGCCCAGGUCUGA